AUAGCCCCUCCCCUCCCUUUCUACUUCCGGUUGGGAGAGGGCGGGGCUUCUGGUGGAGAAGGGGAGGAAGCUGGCGCCCGCCGGGGAUGGUUCUGGCCGCGGUUUCUACUGUGCGGCCCGCGACUUGACGGCGUCGCCAGAUUGAAGAUAGCAGUAAUGCUUACAUUGGCAAGCAAACUAAAACGGGAUGAUGGUGUCAAGGGCCCGCGUACAUCCAACCCAACCUCUGAUUCUACCCGAAGAGUGUCGGUUAGAGAUAAAUUGCUUGUCAAAGAAGUUGCAGAACUUGAAGCAAAUUUACCUUGUACAUGUGAACUGAAGUUUCCCGACCCAAAUAAGCUCCAUUACUUUCUCCUAACUGUAAAUCCAGAUGAAGGUUAUUAUCAAAAUGGAACAUUUCAGUUUGAAAUUGAGGUUCCAGAUGCCUAUAAUAUGGUGCCUCCAAAAGUGAAAUGUUUGACUAGAAUUUGGCAUCCAAACAUCACUGAGACAGGGGAAAUCUGUUUAAGCCUGUUGAGAGAACAUUCGAUUGAUGGGACUGGCUGGGCUCCAACUAGAACCUUAAAGGAUGUUGUUUGGGGAUUAAACUCUUUAUUUACUCCUUGUUUCUUUGUAGGAUCUCCUGAAUUUUGAUGAUCCUUUGAAUAUUGAAGCUGCAGAACAUCAUUUACGGGACAAGGAAGACUUCCGAACUAAAGUUGACGAUUACAUUAAGCGUUACGCAAGAUGAUGAAGGGAGCUGGAUGACAAGAGCUAUGGAUUGUAUAUGCAGCGUUGACUUGAGACGCAACAAACAAAAACACCCUGGAAUGUACUCGUCCUGUGUCCAUGUUGUUCUGAAGAAGAUAAACAAGCUUCAUAAUCGUCCAUGUGAAAUGGAGAGUUCACCGUCAAUCCAGCAAAAAAAAAUGUGUAUCUUGGUUGAAAAAAAAAAGUUUCCUUAACUGCUAACGAUAUUUUAUUUUCUGAAAUUGUACUGUAUAUCCAGAGUUGAGAUAUGCUUGAGACUUUAAAAAAAACAAAUCACUAUGAAGAUUAUUUACACAUGUUUUUAAAAAAAUAAUUAAUGAGUGGUAAAAAAAACGAGCAGUAUGUUUACCGGAACACUUAAAAUUGGCAAUAAAAGUGUGUUUUGUUUGAGAACUAAGGCACUGAAACGUUUGCCUUUUCCCAAACUGAAGUAAGAAUAUGCCGUGCACUGAGCAAAGGAAAUUGCAUAAAGCCAGUUAUACCUACGUAUUGAAGUUCCUUCUAUUUAAUUUAAAACCUCUGCUUUUUGUUCAUCUUUUUGCCUACAGUGUUUUUAGUUUGCAUUGAUUGUGCAAAGCACUUACUGAAACAAAGGCUGUUUCUGUAACCUACUUCCAAGUGGUGUAUUGCUUUUGUUUUAAAAAAAACCCACACACUUUUAAAUGCAAGUGCAAAGAAAGGGAAUGUCAUUUUUAAACAAUGCCUCUUCAACGUUUCAAUUCUGUGGAAGUUGACAUUACAGACUGUUACGUCAUAGAGUAAACCUGAAGUUUCAAGGAAUAAGUGGGGAAACAGCCUGGAGCUCUAGAGGCAGAUUUAAUGCGCACUGCAAUCUUGUUGUGAUGCUCUUGGAAGCCAGACCUCCUGUGGCAAAGGUAACAUGUAUUAAGAGUGGUUUUAAAGCCACUUGGCGAUUUGUUUCUUUAUCAAAUAAUGUAUAUAUGAAACUGCAAAUUUCAUGUUCUGGAUUUUGGGGGCGGGCACAUGUACCUCAGGAAUGCGUUUGAAGCAAAUGCCGCAACGUGUGCUUACUAUUUUAUCCUAAUUCUUCCUGACAUACAUUGAUCAAAACGGAGGCCCAGUAUUGCUACUGUAAUUGGCCAGGGAUUCGGUGACAGAGAGAGAGCCAUACUCCUAUUAACUUUAUUUAGAAUUCAUGCAGCAGAUAUGACGUGUUUGGAUUACCAUGACGAAUUACCACCAAAGGCAAAGGUGAAUAAAUGUUUGUAUAGUUUCAUA